GACGGGCGAGAAGCGCUAGCUCGUGCACAGGCCCUGCGACCCCCUCUAACCACACAUUUCCUUCACGAUGGAGCCCUUCGAAGUCAUUGUGAAUCAGCCGGUCGUCAUUGACAAUGGCUCGGGUAUCAUCAAAGCAGGUUUUGCCGGUGACCACACUCCAAAGUGCCACUUCCCAAAUUAUGUUGGCAGACCAAAAUAUGAAAGAGUGAUGGUGGGAGCCCUAGAAGGAGACUAUUUUGUUGGCCCUAAAGCUCAAGAACACCGUGGUCUCUUAGCUAUUAGCUACCCAAUGGAACAUGGCAUUGUCACAGACUGGAAUGAUAUGGAGCGCAUAUGGCAGUACAUUUAUAGCAAAGACCAGCUUCAGACCUUUUCCGAAGAGCAUCCUGUACUACUAACAGAAGCUCCCCUUAAUCCACGAAAGAAUAGAGACAAGGCAGCAGAAAUAUUUUUUGAAGCUUUCAGUGUUCCAGCACUCUUUGUUUCAAUCCAGGCAGUUCUUAGCCUAUACGCCUCAGGAAGAACGACUGGGGUUGUGUUGGACUCUGGUGAUGGAGUAACUCAUGUUGUUCCAAUCUACGAGGGCUUUGCUUUACCACAUUCCAUUAUGCGAGAGGACAUUGGUGGCAGAGAUGUCACACGGUACCUAAAACUUCUGCUACGAAAGGAAGGGCUGAAUCUAUAUUCUUCAGCUGAAUUCGAAAUUGUUAAAAUGAUGAAGGAACGAGUAUGUUACCUGGCCUCAAAUCCACAACGGGAGGAAACUGUCGAUACUGAGCGACUUUCGUAUGUUCUACCCAACGGGGCAACAGUCGAAGUUGGCCAGGCCCGAUUCAGAGCACCUGAGGUCCUCUUCCGACCAGACCUCAUCGGAGACGAGAGUGUAGGCAUCCAUGAAGCCCUUAUUUGUGCAAUUCAUAAAUCUGACAUGGAUCUCCGAAAACAGCUUUACCAAAAUAUUGUCAUCUCUGGAGGAUCAACCUUGUUCAAAGGAUUUGGCGACCGACUUCUCUCUGAAGUGAAGAAACUAGCUCCAAAGGACAUCAAGAUUAGGAUCUCGGCACCAGCUGAGCGCCUAUACUCUGUUUGGAUUGGAGGAUCCAUUCUGGCAUCAUUGGACACCUUUAAACGCAUGUGGGUCAGCAAGCGUGAAUACGAAGAGGAAGGUGCACGAGCUGUUCAUCGGAAAACUUUCUAGAUAUGCAUAGGUUGUAAAAUAUUCCUGGUAUUCAGGUAGAGAGUAUAUAUUAUGUUUGUUUCACAGAAAUUAAGUGUCCUGUAGCCUUUUUCUGUUAGGACUUCAAGAUCACCAGUCCCCCUUCCCCCCCAAGCUUUUUGUAGCUGAACGAAAUAAAAAGGAGAAAUAGGCUAGCCUGUAAUUUCUUUUUUCUUCUCUAUAUUUUGAGUGAUUAGAAUACAGUGAAGUUUAAAUUUGAAGAAAAUAGUAAUAAUUAAUAAGCGAACAGUGGUUUAUUUGAUCUACUGUAAAGAUGAAUUACAUGUAAAGAGAAAAGGUGCUGAGCAAUUCAUCACAAGCUUUAGGAAUAUUUAUCAUCAAUACAUUUGUAGUGUAAUAUUCAAAAUACUUUUGGAUAUUUUUUAUGAAUGCCCCUCCCCAACAGAUCAUGAGAGGAAGACCCAUUUUAAAGCAUUUUUAGUGAAUGUACAUUUCUUUGCCUUUUAAAUAAGUCGCUGAAUUUUACUAGCUUUGCACCAGUGUGAAUGGCAGUCUCUUAUGUGUCGUUUUUAUUAAUAUUUGAUCGUAGGAAAGGGCUACACUGAAUCACUACAUUGGCUUUUUUUUGUUUUAUUUUCAUUAUUAGUGUGUGGGUUUUUUAUCAAUUAUUUUUUCAUUGUUGUAAAUAGUACUCUAGGUUAUGUGGUUACAUUUUUUGGUCAAAGCAAGUUAAGAAGUAAUUAUUAGUUGCAGAGACAGCUACAUAACUGAAUGAGAAAGGAUUUUUCAAAGUUUUUAUUAUUAUUAUUAUUAUUAUUAUUAUUAUUAUUAUUAUUAUUAUUAAUUACCAUUAUUUAUCAUCACGUGCAGCUUCUUCGGUCACCAUUUAACAAGUCACGCAUGUAUGGAUAUUUCCAAAGAGACCGUUUGUAAUGAUUAGGCCAAUCACCGCAUCUGUAAUGAUAUGUAUGGGAUGAUGUGGUUUGCAAGAUGGUCCAUCAGUUAUAUAAAGUGCUUUAAAAUAGGUCAAAUUUUGGACUUGUACUUACUAAGCACAUCAUCAAAUACCUUAUGGUAGAAAUUGUUAUUGUAAUAAUUUAUUGUCAUAAGUGUUAUAUAUAUGUUUAUACUAAAAUCAUUAGCAGUUAACAUUUUGGUACUGAAUAAAGACAUACUAGAGCAACUAUUAGGGUAUGGCAUUUUUGCAAUGCCAGAAGUCCUCUCCAACUGUUUUUAGUUGUGUGUCACACGGAGUAGGGCUUCUUUGUAAACAAGCUGUGAAUAAGGCAGUCAGCUAUGUUAUAACCACAGUAAAUUAUUCAAUACUUUUAUUUAUUGCUUCUGUGCCUUCAUAAUAAGAUUUACAUUCAUUGCUUAUGUGAAACCAAAGCAACAUAUUUCCUUGCACAGACUUCAUUUUCCAAAUAAAAAAAAGGAAGAAAAAAAGCCUUGGUGAUUGCUAUGCCUUAUGUGUUACUGGUAACACCUUACUGUGUUAUUGCUUCAUAUCUUAUGUAGGUCUAAAUACCACUUGCAGGUGUAAGUAGUUCUUGUGAGGUGGUUUUCACCUUUACCGGUUGUUUAAAUUCUUAGGGCUUUCUCCAUGUUUUCCUAAGCUCUUUGUAUGGUGAAAAGGCAGCAGCUUUGGGCACAGUUUCUGCCUUGUUACAAAUUUUGCUUUUGUCCAUUUUGUUUUGUAAUGAAUCAAAGUAGCUUUAACUAGAUUUUCACUUUUUUUACUUUAUUACACCCUUAUUUAUUUCUCGUAUGAAUUGAUAAAGGGAGUUGUUUUAGCACUGAGUUGAUAUUGUAAAAAAUGUCUUGUCAGUGGAAAGUGCGAAGUUUGGAAUCAAGAAGGAUUGUUAGUAUUUUGCCCCAAAGCACAAUACUCUUAUUCUGAGAUCUAGUGAUCCUUAUUGUUCCAAAUUUGAUAUUGAUGAACUUCAUACUUCAUGCUGAAACUGUGAAUUAAACAUUUCCAAUAUUUCAAGAUUAUUUUGUAUCUAUAAUGAAGUCGAUAAUCACUAA